UAAAAUAGAAAUUUUCUAAAAGCUUUCUAUCUCUCAAAGCUUCCAGUAAGAUACAUAUCAUCUCCCUACUCCUUCUACACUAUUCUUCUUCUAUCUUCUUUUCUUCAAGUCAAUGCCAAAUGAAAAGAAAAGUUCAACCCAAUAUGAUCCUUUUGACUAUAAUCAUGACGGACCGAUCCGAGAAGCUGCGUUUCCGUUCUUGAUCGAUAAUUCAUUCACAUACACUGAACCAUCAACACUGAUUACACAAAACUCGUUACAAGCCUUCGAUCUCAUGCACAUGAGCUUCACCGACUACUUACAUGGCUCUACGGACUAUCCAACAGCCUUUGACAUGUCUGAGGUAAUUUGUCCUAUCCAAGGUUAUUCAACGAAAAUUGAUGCUGCUGCAGCCACCAAAAUCGAAAACCCUUCAACAGAUUCAUCGAUAUCUUGUCCUUCUAAUGAUUUAGCAGCCCAACAACACUCCCAAAAAGUCAAGAAAGAAAAGCAGCCGCCAACAGGACAUGGAAAUGGGAAUGAUAAGUCUAAUAAGGAAGUAAGCAAGCCAAAAAAGAAAGAGAAACAACAAAGAGAACAGCGAUUUGCUUUCUUGACGAAGAGUGAAAAUGAUCAUCUUGAAGAUGGAUACAGAUGGAGGAAGUACGGACAGAAGGCAGUCAAGAACAGCCCUUAUCCCAGAAGUUAUUAUAGAUGCACCAGCCAGAAAUGCAGAGUCAAGAAACGGAUAGAAAAAUCAGUCGAAGACCCAUCAAUUGUUAUCACAACAUAUGAAGGGCAACAUAACCAUCAAUGCCCAGCGACUGCAGGUGGAACACGGUCACCUUUGCUUCUUGCAUCAACAUCGUCAAUCGUCAAUACAAGCUUUCCUCUGGAAUUUCUAGCCCGCUUCCUUCUGCCAAAUAACAAAGAUGAUAAUGCCUUGUUCUAUCAAUAUAUAAAUGCUCCACAUCAGCAUCUUCAUCUGCCUGAUUUUGGUCAAUUGCAGGAUUUAGUUCCCUCCAACACCUUUAUCUUCGGACAGCAGCCAUGAACUCUUAAUUUAGCUUCUUUCUGUAUUACUUGGAAUGAAGUGAUUUAGUAAUACUAAGGAGGUCUCAUUUAGCCGUUGAAGUAAUUGUCUUUAGAAGAAGAUGGAGCUCAGAUAUCUAGAUACGAAAUCUGAAAGAAUCAAGUAUGUGUAAAUUAAUGUGUUACUUUAUUGGACGGUGCAAUUGCAACAUUGUUGGAAGGACUAAUUAAAUUAUUAGGAUAAGAAUUGCAUUUGGGUCCUCCUAUACACUAAUGCAGUUACCAAUUGUCACA